CCUUUCCUCUCCAACAAUACAAACACACAAAUCCUUUUCGAAACUUCCUAUGGAACUACCCAUUUCCACCUUUCUUCUCUCCUUCUUCUUAUUCUUCCUCACCUUCGCUUCUUCAUCAUCGACCUGGAGAAGCGAUGAUGAAGAAUUGGGCUUGUACAAAUCAUGGCUCAUCAAACACGCCAAAGCCUACAACGGUAUCGGAGAAGAAGAGAAGAGGUUCGAAAUUUUUAAGGAUAAUUUGAGAUUCAUUGAUGAACACAAUCUUAAUUCCAAGAACACUACAUUCAAGCUUGGGUUGAAUAAGUUUGCUGAUUUAACUAACCAAGAGUACCGAGCCAAGUUCUUAGGUACCAAGACUGACCCUAUGCGUCGAGUCAUGAAGUCCAAGAACCCUAGCCGCCGUUAUGCUUACCGUUUCGGUGAGAACUUACCGGAUUCGGUUGACUGGAGAGAGCAUGGAGCUGUUAGUCCGGUGAAAGAUCAAGGAUCUUGCGGAAGUUGCUGGGCGUUCUCAACGAUUGCAGCAGUGGAAGCCAUAAACAAAAUUGUGACUGGGGAACUUAUCUCUUUAUCGGAACAAGAACUCGUAGAUUGUGACCAAUCCUACGACUCUGGUUGCAACGGUGGCCUAAUGGACUAUGCCUUCCAAUUCAUCAUCAACAAUGGCGGCAUCGACACUGAAAAAGACUAUCCUUAUCUCGGCUUUGAUAACCGAUGUGAUCCAGCAAAAAAGAAUGUUAAGGUUGUUAGCAUUGAUGGGUACGAGGAUGUUAUUCCAAAUGACGAGAACGCUUUAAAAAAGGCCGUCGCCCAUCAGCCUGUGAGCAUCGCCAUUGAAGCCAGUGGCAGAGCUUUCCAAUUCUAUGAAUCGGGAGUUUUCAAUGGAGAAUGCGGGUCGGCUUUAGACCACGGUGUGGUGGUGGUCGGAUACGGCACCGAUGAAAACGGCGGAGACUACUGGAUCGUGAGGAACUCAUGGGGCAGAGAAUGGGGUGAAAAUGGAUCUAUAAGGAUGGAGCGUAAUAUUGUUAAUGGCAAUAUUGGAAAGUGUGGCAUUGCAAUGGAGGCUUCAUAUCCAGUUAAGAAUGGGGGAAAUAUCAUCAAACCUUACCACAAGGAAAGCACUGAACAAAUCAGUAGUGCUUGAAUUCUUUUCUGCAAUUGAAGACCAAGACUGAGCAAGUGAUGAUGCUCGGACAUUGUCAUUGUGGUGUAUAUAUUUGUUUAUCAAGCACACCAGAUGGGAAACUGGUAUUGGUGUGACUUAUGAUUCAUGCAAUUUCAAUUCCAAAGUCUUU